GGACUGUUGCGCUUCUGCCGCUGUUCCUCUCCCUUCUUGGUGUAUUUGCCGCUCCUAUAGGUGCGCACCUUUGUGUGGUCCGUGUUGGUAGUGUGGAUUUGUUUACUCCGAUCCCUGCUCCGCGCGGUUCCUGUUAACGAGGACAGCCUGUGACGGCUGCCUGAUAUGUCUUCCUUUGGCGAUAUGGAGUUAGAUGAUUUGUUCUACGGCAGACCCUUUUCAGAUUUUGAAGACUUUCCGUUUCUUCCUGAACACCAGAAACUGACCGAACGUGUACGAAAACGACUGUACUGUGGGUGGGAUGCAGACUGCAAUCUUGACACACUCUCCAGCCCAGUUACAGACAUUGCUGUUGAACUGCUCCAAAAAUCUGCACCUAGUCCUAUUCGCAAACUCCAGAAGAAGUAUGCCGCCCAUGUGUCACGAGAAGCAUGUAUAUCUCCUUGUGUCAUGAUGUUGGCUUUGGUUUAUAUCAAACGACUCCGACAUAGGAAUCCUGAAUACUUACAACAGAUUUCAUCUUCUGACUUGUUUCUUAUUUCUAUGAUGGUUGCCAGCAAAUAUCUUUAUGAUGAAGGUGAGGAGGAGGAAGUAUUCAAUGAUGAGUGGGGAGCUGCUGGAAAAGUUGAUGUGCAAACCGUUAACACACUGGAAAUGAACUUCUUGAAUGCCAUUGAUUGGCUUCUAUAUGCUAAUCCAAAUGAGUUUUUUGAAGUCUUGGGAUGGCUUGAAGGAUGUGUUGCUCAGAAGCAAGGCCUGAAGCGAGGAUGGUUCACUUAUACAGACCUAUGUGCAUUGCUGGAACAGCCUCAGUGGCAACAAGCCUUUGCACGAGUCUACCAGCAGAUUGCUAAGUUUGCUUGUAUAUUGGGACUGGUGUAUCUCACGAGUGUUGCAGUUCUGAUUGCAUCAGCAACUGUCCUUCGCCAUGCAUCUACCCUGAAGGAUCCAACAACAGACUGCUUGUCAUCAACCAGCGACCUAUCCUCUAAGGCAGACAUGGAAGUUGAGAUGGUGACUCUGCUGCAGCGACCCAAGUCUUACCCAUCUUCUAACUUAAGGAUAUUUCUAGAUCCACCAGCUCGGCCUCCAUCUGAUCUUUACUGUUGCAUGUUGGAAAAUGACACCACAAAUAAGCGUCAUAGCACCACUGCCUCUGCUCUCUGUCUUUGGGGUACAGUCUUAACAACCCUCACUUACACCACCAUCCCUACCACUCCUAAACCAGGAGGGAGGCAACAUCUGUCUUCUCUUUACUGUCAGAACUGUCUUAAACUUAGGAAGGAAUCAGUUGUUUCCAGCAGAUGUGUGAAAACCAAUCUCACUGGCAUGAACCCAAUUUAUAAAUGUGGCGCAUAUGGAAUACAGUCCUGGGACCCUAAAGCUUCUCUCCACUGUAGUGGGUGUAUGGCUCACAAUGGUAGAACAAAAACAACCUUUUCAUCUGUAUCCAAAGAUUUGUGGAAAGUAGCAGACUCUGACAGUACUGAGGAAAUGAAACGGUGUUCACUGGUUGAAGCUCCUGGACUUGACAAACUCAAGUACUUGAUCUUUCCUGGCUAGGGAACAAAUGGCAACUGCUCGUUGAGAAAUUGUUUUUGUAUCAAUGAAGUUCAAGAAAAGCAAUUUUUUACAGCACCACCAUCCUAGUGUCUAGUUUUCUUGGGCAGAUUUUGUUUGGAAAGAAAGGUAUCCAUGAUAAAAGAAAUGCUUGCAUGCAACAUUUUUCUUUUCCCUGCAUCACAAAAGCAGUUGUGGUGCAACUCAGUUAAGUUCCUUGUCUUUGAGUCAGUCCGGAUUGCAGUACCAUUGGCUGUUCAAACAGCCGCAGACAUGCCUGGAGCUGCAUUUCUGUCCCUUUCUUACAGAAAUAUUGCUGUCUGGGUCAUUUAAUUCUCUAAAUAUUACCCUUUUGCCACCAUACUCUAUUUGAACAUGUGUAUUCCUAGAUACUGAAAUAGUUAGAAGUGUUAAGUGCAGUUUAAAAUACAACUAAGUUGAUUUUUGUUUGGGUCAUGAGUGGUGCUGGAUAAGUUCUUUGCAUUAUUUCUUAACAUUUAUUUUAGGUUCUAAUACAUUGCCAUUCUAUAAAGGUUUUGAAAGUGCGUUGCAGCCACAUCCAUUGUAUUGUGUCUGUCUGCUUUAAGUGUAUUGGGAUUGUAACCACAGCUGUUCCAGGUGUUAGGUGUGUGAGAUUUGCAGCAAUGUGCUUCAGACUUCAUUUAUUUACUUUUAUUCAUUUGCAAAACAGUUAAUUGACCACAUCAGAGAUUUUCAGCCAUGGUAUGGGCCACAUGGGCAAGGAUAAAUGCAGUAUUUAUGGCAACUUUAGCCAGUCAAAUAAAAUGUUGCUUGAGAGGUAUGUCUAAUAAAAACACACACACAAAUUUCUAGAGGACAUGCAGACUUCACACAGACUGGGAUCAGGCCUGAACCAAGGACCCUGGAGCUGUGAGGAAUAAGUCUUGACCCCUGAGCUGCCUUGUUGCUGCAUAUUGCUGACCAAAGGUUGACAGAUGUCAGCAUUCAGUAGUACUUUGACAAUGAUCUUACUUCUUGUUCUUUUACCUUGGCAGUAUUUGUAGCAGUUCCCACACCCAUGUCUUUGAACACCUGUGUCUCUGUGUGAGUACUUGAUUCAGUAUUUUUCUUGCUUUAAAUUAAGGGCUAUAAAUUUAAUACAGCACAUACUUAGUUGAACUGUGGCAUUCUGUAGAUGCUUGGUAUCACAGCUUUGCAAACAGGCUGAUUUAUAACUCGGUGCAGACCAAAUACCAUCUGCAUUUUUUAUUCUUCCAGAAGAGGUAAGUUCAUGCACUCUUCACAAUUGCAACCCUCUAAGGACAUCAUAGGGUGUCACAAACAGCAUAAUGUAAUGGUACAGUGUGGUACAGAGAUUAGUAUUCCAAGCUUGAUCUUAAUACUGCAACAGUCACUUUUUUACUUGCAAUAAUUUAGCUUCUCAUAGACCAGGUUAUUACAGAUUCUGGACCAUUUCUAAAAUAUUUUCUUUUUUGUUGCAAGUAAAAAAAAAUGCAUUUUAAGAUUAGCUGCAGUUGCACAAGUUUGCAUCAUAUAAAGACAUGGUGAGAACCUUCACUUCCAGCUCUGGAGUAGUUUAAUUCACUGUCUGAAUAACACUUCAUCAUCAUCUCUUCACGUCCAGCUCUGGUGCAGUUUAAUUCACUGUCUGAAUACCACUGCAUCUUCUUCUCUUCACGUCCAGCUCUGGUGUAGUUUAAUUCACUGUCUGAAUACCACUUCAUCAUCUUCUAAAUGUUUGUGCAUACCACUUUAGAAAGUGCUGACAUGUUGAAUUUCCUCCUUCCCAACCACCAUCUGAUUCUUGUCAUCCAGUGGACUUUUGAAGAUUUUUGUGAUGUUUCCAGAUAACACAUCCUUAUCUCCACUGACUGGACAGCACAAUAUAGGACCUGCUGUUAUGAGCUAGUUUAGCUGCAUGCUUCUGUAUACCCAUGAUGCUCAAAUGAAGUGUCUUUGUUAAUUAUUCUGGGCUAAUGUUGUGCAGUUGUUGUUGAAGGUGCUACACUUUAGGCCACUCCAUAUAGGAUGAUUCUGUUGUGAUGCUCAGUCAGUUCCCAUCCUUCCAUGGCCAGCUCUUCCAACCCUCUGUUCACUAGAUGAAUCAGAGUCAUGUGGGGUAUAGUGCAGGCUAGAACUUCUGUGCCAUGGAACCAGCUAGCAAGAGUAACCAUAUUUUUCUAUAGUUUGUGGAUAGGUGUUUUGAAGUUUAGAUUACAGAUGUCCUGACAAUGAACAUUUCUUAGAGCCCUUGUGUGAUGGUUUCUGAAAGUAAAAUAUUUUGAAUUGGACAUUUUUCAUGUAGGUCUUGAUGUUUGGAAGGGUGUGUCAUUUGCAGUGUGUGUUUAGAUUUUCCAGAAUGUUUCAAGGUUUGCUGGUGUUAUGAAUAUUUUAGAGCUCAGGAAAAAAAUGUGAAUUGUGGUGAAAAUGGAGACAUUCAUUGUACUGUUUUUUUCUUUUUUUACUCAGACUGUGUACAUGGAUGUUUUCUUUUGCACUCCCAUAUAAAUGAUUUCUGAAAUGCUUGCAUGCAUUUCUGGUAUCUGUAUUGUUUAAUUAAAACAAAUCGUGUUUAGGAGAGCAGUGUUUUAGAAAUGGAUGAUGGUCGACUGUCCAGCAGAGUGACAUUCACGGCCAUCUUUAUAUAUGUUUAGUAUCUGGAUGCCUGCUGUGCAUCUGUGGCCUAUAGUAUAGUGUGUAAAAGCAAAAAAAGGUAGGGAGAGUGACAGUAGAUGGUGUUUAUGUCUUGGACAGUUUCACUCCAAACUGACUAUGAAAUUUGUGGAUAUUUGGAGAUUGCGGACUAUCUUUAAUGUUGUUCCAGCUUGUAAUGUAGAAGUUUGACAACAUUAUUUCCUUCAGGGUGUUCAAUUAGCGGAGUAAGGUCAAAUGGAAACAAGUGCAAAGUAAAUAACAUGUAGCUGUCUGCUGUACUUCAGCAUCUGGAUUUCCACUGAUUCUGGAUAGGAAAACAGUAGCCUUUUUUAGUAAUACCAACAAAGUGGAAGAAAAGUAUGUAAGUAAUUCUACCCUGUGACACUGGUCAGACAGUGUGACAGAGCAAAUGGAAAGCCUGAACAAAAAGGUUAUCGUUAGCACAUAGUGAUGGUGUUACUUCAUCCAAGAUUUCAAGUAAGGUGUUACUAUUGAUACAUUGUAAAGUUCCAAAGCCCCAGUUGUCUAACAGGAGACAAAGUGAAGACAGUCCAAAGGGAGGCAGAAGUAAUUAGGGUGUUGCAAGGCUUCUACAAAGGGACCAAGAUAAACAGACUAUCCGCAUACUCUGAAAGAUGCAUUAAUUUUAAUAAUCUUCCUUUCUUACGGUAAAGUGGAAACAUGUCUUUGUUUUUAAACAAGAAGAGGUGCUUAGGAGAAAAGGUUAUACUUUGCUGCUGAAUUUUAGGAGAUGAGUGUGGAAUACCAAGUAUGAAAACCUAGCUGUAAAAAAAGGAGAGUGGUAUGUUUCAGUUAUUUACAUGAAAGAAUAGCGGAAACCAAGCCAGUGGUUGGUGCUCAGGUGAAACAUGAGGUAGGAAUAAACGAAUCUGUUGAAAGAGAAUUUUAGAUGAACACAACUUGCACAUGUAUAUUUUGGGUACAAAAACAGGCUGGCACUAACUGUUUGAGAAAUUAUUUUUCUAUUAUAAUUGGAUGAGAAAUCCACAUAUUCCAUCAGGCAUAUAGUCGGAGGUGAUGUUCCUAAAGCACAGAAUUUUUGUAAAUUAUUCUACCCCUCCUUCAAGGGACCCUGUCCAGUGAUUCCACUACGUACACCCACUUGGCUGUUUUGUUUUGCUGGAGCAGGAGCUGGACAUCCCUGGGCUAGGCAAAAUUCCUGUAGCCCAUUUCUUCAUUCACGAGAAGCCCUGUAAGCCAGUCCAUUCCCCCUGACAGUGAACGUUUGGUAGUACAGAGCAUCUGUUUAGCUAGCUGGUCCCUCGGACUGGCCUUUCAACCUAGGCUUACUGCAGACUCAGAGUGGCUUGCCUACAUGUGCACACAUACAUACCUAACUUGUUUCCUAACUCAUUAGGCAAGUCCCAGCCCAACAAAGAGUGAGCCCAACACUACCAGUAUAGUCAGGUGAUACUCCAAGCUACCGUUACAUGGCAUCACUGCUACAGGCCUGCCAACAAACCUUCACCCCCCCAAUCCCUGGGGAUGACUGUGCUGGUGAUAGCUGCUCAAGCUUAUCCUCCCCUGUCCAGUCCCAUAGAUGGCCAAGAGCAUGGAAUUGUUAAUCAGAAGGUGACCUGAGCUAGGAUUGAAUUCUGCAACACAUUGACUACUUGGAUGGCCUGCCAUAUUCGGGUUUACAAACUGUAAAUAAGCAGGAUCAAUCUAGGCAGCAGUAGUUUAGUACCCUUACAUGUAUUGUAGUAGAAAGAGUAGUUUAGCAAAAUAAGAUUUUAUUUUCCAUUUUCCCUGGUGACUGAAGGAAAUUAUGGAUUUUUACUUUUUUAAUGCGGUUAAUAAUUGUACUGUAGAAGACUACAGUAUCUUACUUCUGUUUUGAGCUGUUUAUUAGCGUGUAGAAGCAGCUUGGAUUUACCUCAUGGGUACAGUAUACUAAAGCAAGUUCUGCUUAAAAGGUGGAACAUUUCCCCAGUUAUUGGAAAGGAGUACAGCAGACCUGUUUGCUUGCCUCUAUACAGGGGGCUUUUUCUACUCCACCACUUUACUUAAUAUCACUAGUUCCAAGUUUACUGAGCUUCUUUGUAGGUUUCAAACCUUUACAGAAAUAUCUGUUGCUUAAGUAAAACUCUUAAGCACACAUUUGUCAUCAUAUUGCCUGGAAAAGAAAUUAAGUAAAGCUGUUUUGUGUUGGCAUUAUUUCUGCUGUUUCGGUCACUUGCAUUCAUGAUCAGCCGUGGAUUUCCUUGCUAAAAAUCACAUGUGCAUGUUUUUGUACUUUGACUAUAACUAAAAAUUUGAGUCUGGAAACAAAUUUGAACAUCUAGCUGAUACUUCCCAACAGCUUUGAUAUGGCCUCUUACAUUUUUUUUUUAUCUUGCUUGUAGACCAGAAAUCUUCAGUGUUUCUUAGUGAUUUCAAGUCAAAAACUGUAUUUUCCCACAGUAUUCAUUUACAAAGUAAUCAAAGGUGUAUUGUGUGUAGUGUCAUAGUUGUUGGGAUGACAACAGUAAGUAAAACAAGUGCCAAAGUUCCAGUCAUUUAUUUGAUAAGUGACCUCUUGUAGAUCUUUUGACCUUCCGUGCAAAAGCAGGUCUUGAAGCAAGACCCAUAUUUUAUAUUUUAUGAUGUUGUAAAGCUAUUGUAAAACUUAAAGUUUGCAUUUUACAUCAGAUUUUUAUUUUGUCUCUGAAAAUGCAGUGGUCAAGUUAUCAUUUUCUGAACUGUUUUGCCUAAGUGUGGAAAUUUGCUUUUACAUUAUAAAAUGAAGGGAGAAGACUUCAGAACAUUUAGUUAACCUCAGACUUCUUAAUAAACUUUUUCAGUGCUG